AUGCUCGAUUUCAAUUCGAGUUCCCUUGCCGCGGCAAUCUGCUGUCUUCUUGUGGUCAUUGUCCUUACUUUCCCAUCCAUACUCUCAGUAAUUUCUCAUUUUCGAGGGAAAGGAAAGCAAAAUCCCAAUACUUAUGCUGAUAAAGAUGGAGUUGCCACGGAAGAAACAAUCGCUGCAUUCACAACCAAGAUUCCUAAGAUACUCCUGACUGUGUCGACACUUUUCGGAUUUGGAACAUCUUUAACUUUGGCCAUUGUGGAUCUCUUUCAUCAUGAUAGAUUGAACCUUGAAGAUUGGACCAAUGUGGCGCUAUGGUCUUUCAUCCUAAUUCAAGCGGCUAGCACUAUACUGAAUAGAAGCCCUACGAAAGCAUAUGCGAAUGGUGGUCGUACAGCAAUUUCCAGUAUCUGCCUUUUCGCUCUUUGCCUUUACCAAGAUGGCCUCAUUGCGCAGGAUCAGUCUGCCGAGGAAAAUUUCCUAUCAAGUGCAACUUUCUGGCUUCGCAUAUCUCAAUUGAUACUCGCUUUAUCAGUCGCUGUUUUCGCUAUCUCAUUCCCCCGUCGCCCACAUGUUACUUUGAAUGAGCACCCGGUCGAUGGCAUGUGGUCCGUUUCUGCGCUUGAUAGAUAUACCUUUGCCUGGGUUGGAGACAUAUUGGCUUUGGCCUCUAAUAAAAAGAGGCUAGAACUACAGGAUUUACCUAAAAUGGACCAUUACACCAGGGCAAAGGAUCUUAGUGAAGCGUGGGAGGAGAAAAAGCAUACCAGAGCUCUCUGGUUUGAAAUUUUCCUGGCCCAUAAAUCGCCUUUCGUCACUCAGUGGAUCCUUACCGUAUUCCAGGCUUUUGGAAAUUUUGCACCACAAUUUGUGACUUUUCAAAUUUUGAAAAUAUUGGAGGCCCGUCUACCUGGAGAUAAAAUACAGUUCGAGGCUUGGAUUUGGGUAGCCACAUUAUUCUUGGUCACUCUCGCCGCAGCUUGGAUCGAAUCCUGGAUGUUUUGGGUUUCCUGGUCCGAACUGGCGAUUCCUAUUAGGUCACAAUUAUCUGCUCAAAUUUUCCAAAAAGCCAUGAGACGUAAGGAUGUGAAAGGUGCAGCUAGAUCUGGGAAGAAGCCCGCGAAUGGGACAACUGAAGCAGCACAAGAGUCAAUCGCACAAGACAAACCGGAAGACGAUGAAGAUGAAGAUAGUGAUCCCAAGGGAAAGCAGUCCACCGUCAACUUGAUUGGUGUGGAUGCCAAGAGAGUAUCAGACUUUUGCUCAUUCAAUAACUACUUUCCUGGCGCGGUCUUCAAGCUUGUCGUCUCUUUCUCAUUCCUGAUUAGUAUCAUUGGAUGGAAGAGUUUGGUCGCUGGGAUGUUGGCCAUGUCUUUAACCAUCCCUCUCAACAUUUACUUUAGCAGACGUUAUUCAGCAGCUCAAGACAGAUUGAUGAAAGUUAGAGAUGUUAAGAUGGCAGUUGUGACUGAAGCACUUCAAGGAAUUCGUCAAAUUAAGUUUUCCGCACUGGAAUCGAACUGGGGCAACAAAAUUGGAAUGGUCCGAAAGAAGGAAUUGGAUGAACAAUGGAGUGUCUAUCUCAACGAUACGAUGUUGCUCUUUUGCUGGAUUACAAGCCCAAUCGCCCUUGCUGCGGUAGCAUUAGCUGUAUAUGCAUACCUCCAUGGUGUUCUCCUACCAUCGGUCGCAUUCACUGCCAUUGGUGUCUUCGUCAGUCUUGAAGUUACCCUUAGUGUCAUUCCGGAACUCACCACGGAUUUGAUUGAUGCUUAUAUUUCUAUUAAUCGUAUUCAAAGAUAUUUGGCUGGGGUUGAGAUAUCCGAAAGUACCAGUGACGCUCCGAAUGUUUCAUUUGAGAAAGCUUCGAUUGCAUGGCCAUGUGCUGAGGGUGAAGAUGAAAUGGAUGCAAACGAGCGAUAUGUUCUAAGGAAUGUAGAUGUUUCAUUUCCCCAAGGAGAAUUAAGUGUUAUCAGUGGUAAAACCGGUACUGGAAAAAGUUUAAUGCUGGCUUCAAUUCUUGGGGAGGUUGAUAUUCUUGCCGGUAAAGUCCAUGUCCCUCGUGGUCCAAAAGCUGAAGAACGACAUGAUCAUCUUGCCAAUAAAGACAACUGGAUCAUUCCAUCUUCAAUUGCUUUCGUUGCACAAAUCCCCUGGAUUGAAAAUGCUAGCAUUAAGGAUAAUAUUCUUUUCGGAUUACCAUUAGACGAGGAUCGUUAUCAGAAGGUUAUCGAAUACUGCGCUCUUCGUAAGGAUUUGGAAAUGCUUGGAGAUGGCGAGAAUACUGAAAUUGGGGCAAAUGGUAUCAAUUUGAGUGGUGGUCAAAGAUGGAGAGUUACAUUUGCUCGAGCUCUUUAUUCUCGUGCUGGUAUAUUGGUUCUAGACGACAUUUUCAGCGCCGUCGAUGCUCAUGUUGGUCGAUUCAUUUACGAAAAAGGCCUUACUGGUGAACUUGGUGCCGGAAGGACUCGUAUCCUCGUUACUCAUCACGUUGCUCUUUGCAAAGCUAAAGCUAAAUAUGUUGUUGAGCUUGGUGAUGGAACUGUAGAAAGUGCAGGUCUUCUUUCGGAACUUGAAGAAGCAGGUACACUCGAACGUAUUAUCAGUCAUGAAGAGACACCGGAACAGAUCGCGGAGGAUGAGUCUCCCAUUACCGUAUCGGGAUCGUCUACUGUCAUUAACCCAUCCGUGUCUUCUGAUGAUGAAAACACUGAUGGAAAUACAUUGGCAAAGGUUGUAUCAAGAAAGGAUGAUCCAAAGAAAUUCGUUCAAGAAGAGACAAGAGAGCGUGGCAGUGUUAAAGUCAAGGUUUAUGGUCAUUAUCUUAACGCUUCCGGUGGAUGGUCUUUCUGGAUACUUGUCUUGAUUGCAUUCCUCGGACAACAAUUUUUAGUCACUGGUCGUUCUUGGUGGUUGAAGCUUUGGACAGAAAGCUACCAGGAAUCUAGCAUUACUAAUUCUAUGUUCACAAUUCAAGCUAAUUACUUACCAUCCUAUGGAAAUACUCAGAAUUCUUCGUUCCAAACUGAAACUAUCAAGCAUGAUACCUCAUUUUAUCUGACUGUAUAUGUUGGUCUUUCAGCAAUUUCUGCGAUUGUAGGAACCCUUCGAUACUUUUAUGUUUACACUGGAUCCAUUCGUGCAUCCAAGGUUCUUUUCGAAAACCUUUGCUUUACCGUCUUAAGAACACCUUUAAGAUGGAUGGACACAGUUCCACUCGGUAGAAUCUUAAAUAGAUUUACUGCAGAUUUCAAUGUAGUUGAUGGAAGAUUAGCCAAUGAUUUCGCAUUUGGAGCAAAUAACCUAUUUCAAUUGAUUGGUAUUAUUGGCACAGGUAUUUUCAUCUCUCCAUGGGUUCUACUCAUGUCUGCAAUUCUUUUAGCACUAUGUGUUUACGUUGCACUUCUCUAUCUAUCUGGUGCAAGAGAAGUUAAAAGACUUGAAUCAAUUGCUAAAUCACCAAUAUUUGAACAAUUUGGUUCUGCUCUUACUGGUGUUGGUACCAUUCGAGCUUUUGAUAAGACUGAUAUUUACAUCAGAAAUAUGUGGGCUAAGAUUGAUGAUCAUUCUACUACAUUCUGGCAUUUAUGGGCUUUCAAUCGCUGGAUGGGAUGGCGUAUGUCUUUCAUCGGAGGAUUCUUCGCUACAAUUGUUGCUGUUGUUAUCAUUCUUAUUCCUACGAUUAAUGCAGGACUUGCAGGUUUCGCAUUAUCUUUUGCACUUACUUAUGGUCAAACAGUCAUGUGGACUAUUCGUCAUUAUACCAAUUUGGAGCUUAACAUGAAUGCAGCAGAACGUAUCGUUGAAUACUCAAACUUAAAAACUGAAUCUCUAGAAGGACCAGAUCCACCAGCAGCAUGGCCAACUGAAGGUCGUCUUGAAGUUAAUGAUCUUGUUGUUUCAUAUGCAGAUGAUUUACCACCUGUCCUUAAAGGUCUCACUUUCCGAGUUGAACGUAGUGAAAGAAUUGGAGUAGUUGGACGUACCGGAGCUGGUAAAUCUUCAUUAACUCUUGCACUCUUCCGAUUUUUAGAAGCUCGUCAAGGAACAAUUCACAUCGAUGGUCUCGACAUUUCUAAAAUUAACCUGCAUUCUCUACGAUCUCGUUUAGCCAUCAUUCCACAAGAUCCUGUUCUCUUUUCCGGAACUGUUAGAUCUAAUCUCGAUGCAUUUGAUGAACACUCCGACUCUGAACUUCGCGAUGCUCUCGAACGCGUACAAUUAAUUCCGCCAACAUCCCAAAAUUCACCAUCAACAUCAGGAACCUCAACUCCCUCCCUCCAAACUCAAAAGAAUAAAAAUCUUUUCACAUCUCUACAAUCACCCAUCACAGAAGGUGGACUCAAUCUUUCUCAAGGUCAACGACAACUUCUCUGUCUCGCCCGCGCUAUCGUUUCACAUCCUAAAAUCAUGGUUCUAGAUGAAGCAACGAGUGCUGUGGAUAUGGAAACUGAUGCACUUAUUCAAAGAUCAAUAAGACAAGAAUUUACGGAUAGUACGUUGAUUGUUAUCGCACAUAGACUUUCUACGAUAGCGGAUUUUGAUAAGAUUUUGGUGAUGGGUGAAGGGAAGGUGGUGGAAUUUGGAACGCCGAAGGAAUUGUUGGGAUUGAAGGAGGGGGUUUUUAGGGGAAUGAUUAAAGAGAGUGGGGAGAGGGAAAAGUUGGAGGAAUUGAUUUUGAAGAGUUGA